AGGCGGCCCAUGGCCGCUUUAACUCAGGGCGGCCAGGCCGCCGCGCAUCCUCGGCGCGCACAGGGCGCGGCGAGGUCAUCCUGUCAUCCGCGCCGGCGCACGGCCAGCUCGAGGACAUGCGCUGGACCGCGGCGCUGCUCGCGGCGUGGGCCGUGAAGGCCGCGAGGGGAGGGCCGGUGGGCAAGAGCGGGGGCGACGUCCAGAGCUCUGGUCCGUGCAAGGCCGCGAUCGCCAGCUACUGCCCGACGGUCCCCCCCGGCGGUGGCCAGCUUGCGCUGUGCCUGACGAAGACCGCCGCCAGGAAUGGUGCCGACAAGGGUCUGCUCGAGAGGAACGGCGUCACGUCCGCGUGCAUCACGGAGGUGAAGCACGUGCUGCGGGACUCCCCGGGCGCAGCUGCGAAGGCGAGCAAAGGCGUGAUAACCGAGGAGGCUUGCGCGCAGGAUGAGGCGGGACUCUGCGCGGGGCUCAGCGGCGAUGCUGCCCUGCCCUGCCUCCGGGCGCACAGGGAAGAGCUGUCCAGGAAGUGCUCGAAGCAGCUCUUCCUCGUCGACCAGCUGAGGGCGGGCGACAACAGGCUCGACCUGCGCGUGAUCAUAGCCUGCCAGGCGGACCUCAUGGACCCGGAAAGGUGCGGCAAGAUGGACAAAAAAAAUACGGCCUCCGCGCGCGCAAAGUGCCUCUUUGCGCAGCAGCAGGACACGCUCUCCGAGAAGUGCAGGCUCUCCUUGGCCAACAUGGAGGCGGUGGACAAAAAUGCACAGGGGGCCAAAGAGGGAGGAGGGGGUCCCUCGGCGAUGGCGGCGGCGGGAGGCGACGUCGAGACACAACGCAUGUGCAAGGAGAAGAUGAGGGAGAUCUGCGGAGGCCAGCCGAGGGACGAUCUGCCCUCCUGUGUCGAGCUGCACAUGAAGGAUCUCCCCGCAGAGUGCCACGCGGCGACAAGGCCGCGCUAGCGCGCCGCUGAGACCCGAUAGGGCCACACAUCCUGGCCUCAGAACACACACGCAGGCGGGCACGGCCUUUGAAGACGUGUGGGAGCGUGGAGGGAGAGGGAAGCAGGAUUGAGCAGAGCAUACGUCUUGCUGCAUUCCUGUUGCCAGCUUUUCUGGGGGAGGAGGUCGGAUGGAGGGCUUGGGAGGAGGAGCUGGAGGACUCCCUCUCGCCCUCCGCAGCUGCUGCACACAACCAUGGGGGAUGCUGUCCGGGAUGCUGCGCCACUUUGUCGUAAAGGCGCUGGCCUUUGAGGCCAGAUUGUGCUUCCCAGCAAGUGCGAGGCUGUUGCGCUCUGUGGUGCUGCGCAGCGAAUUGGUCCCAUGGCUUCCCCUCCCCAGCUUUCGACUCCCUUUGCUCAUCUUUGUCCUGUGACGUGCCUUUCUCGUCCUCCUCCCUCGUUCGCUGUCCAUGGCGUCUAGCUGCUGCAUCUCCAGGAGUCCAGGCCAGGAUAAUUAUUAUGCACACGAACGAACGAAGUUUCGUGCGUUCUAUCGCCCGCCUUUUCUUGAGACCUGAUUCGGCGCCUCGCGCUGCGUGCAGGGGCUGUGCUAGCUGAGACACGGCCGCCGAUGGCAAAAACACAAGACAACAGCGCCUGCACAAGUUUCAGUUAUUAGCACUGAAUGACAACAACAAUCCUCUUG